AUGGGGUUCUGUAGCAUGUUGCUAUUAUUCAAUAUCCUCUUAACAGCAUGGCUUUCUACUGCUAAAGGGGAAGUGAAACCUUGUGAUUUUCCACAAUUCAAAUAUGGACGUCUGUAUUCUGAAGAAAGCCGGAGACUCUACUUCCCUGUACCUAUAGGAAAGAAGUACAGAUAUUACUGUGACAGAGGGUUUUCAACACCUUCAGGGUCAUACCGGGACUACCUUCUGUGCACAGCACAAGGGUGGGAGCCUGAAGUCCCAUGCCUCAAGCAAUGUGUUUUCCAUUAUGUGGAAAAUGGAGAAUCUUCUUAUUGGGAAAAAAAAUAUUUAGAGGGCCAGUCUGUAAAAGUCCAGUGUUACAAUGGCUAUCAUCUUCCAAAUGGUCAAGACAUAAUGACAUGUACAGAGACUGGCUGGUCCCCACCUCCCAAAUGCAUCCCUAUCAAGACAUGUACAAAAUUAGAUAUAGAAAUUGAGAAUGGGUUUUUCUCUGAACCGGAUUUUACAUAUGCUCUAAAUAGAAAAACACAGUAUAGAUGUAAACAGGGAUAUGUAACAAACACUGGAGAAACAUCAGGAUCAAUUACUUGCCUUCAAAAUGGAUGGUCACCUCAACCCUCAUGCACUAAGUCUUGUGAUAUGCCUGUAUUUGAGAAUGCUGCAACCAAGAUUAAUAGCACAUGGUUUAAACUCAAUGACAAAUUAGACUAUGAAUGUCAUGUUGGAUAUGAAAAUGAAAAUAAACACACCAAAGGCUCUAUAACAUGUACUCAUUAUGGAUGGUCUGCUAUACCCUCAUGUUAUGAAAGAGAAUGCAGCAUUCCUAUAUUAGACCCAAGCUUACUUGUUUAUCCCAAUAAAGAAAAAUAUACAAUUGGAGAUUUGUUGAAAUUCUCAUGCCGAACAGGACACAGAGUUGGACCAGGUUCAGUGCAAUGCUAUCACUUUGGAUGGUCCCCUAGUUUCCCUACAUGCAAAGGUCAAGUAGAAUCAUGUACACAACCUCUUGAAGUUCUUAAUGGGGAAAUUAAGGGAACAAAGAAAGUUGAGUACAGCCAUGGUGAUGUGGUGGAAUAUGAUUGCAAACCUAGAUUUCUACUGAAGGGACCCAAUAAAAUUCAGUGUGUUGAUGGGAAGUGGACAACUUUGCCUAUAUGUGUUGAGGAGGAGAGAACAUGUGGAGACAUUCCUGAAAUUGAGCAUGGCUCUGUCCAGUUUUCUGUCCCUCCCUAUCACCAUGGAGUUUCAGUGGAGUUCACUUGUGCAGAAACCUUCACAAUGAUUGGACAGGGGUCAGUUUCUUGCAUUAGUGGAAGGUGGACCCAGCUUCCUCAAUGUGUUGCAACAAAUAAACUGGAGAAGUGUAAAGCACUGAAGUCAACUGACAUAGAGGCAAUUCACCCAAAUAAGAAUGAACUUAAUCAUAACUCUAGCAUGAGUUAUAAAUGUAGAGGAAAACAAGAUUAUGAAAUCUCAAUUUGCAUCAAUGGAAGAUGGGAUCCUGAACCAAACUGUGCAAAGAAAACAUCCUGCCCUCCUCCACCACAGGUUCCAAAUGCCCAAGUGAUUGAAACCACAGUGAAAUACUUGGAUGGAGAAAAAGUAUCUGUUCUUUGCCAAGACAAUUACCUAACUCAGGACCCAGAAGAAAUGGUGUGCAAAGAUGGAAGGUGGCAGUCAUUGCCACGUUGCAUUGAAAAAAUUCCAUGUUCCCAGCCCCCCAAAAUAGAACAUGGAUCUAUUAACUUACCCAGAUUUUCAGUAGUAAGGAGAGAUUCAAUUGAGUCCAGCAGCCAUGAACAUGGAACUACAUUCAGCUAUGUCUGUGAUGAUGGUUUCAGGAUAUCUGAAGAGAAUGUAGUAACCUGCUACAUGGGAAAAUGGAGCUCUCCACCUCGUUGUAAGUCCUUGGAUAAUUCAUGUGUGGAUCCACCACAUGUGUCAGAUUCUAUUAUAGUCACAAGGUCCAAGGCUAAAUAUCCAUCUGGUGACAGAGUACGUUAUGAAUGUAAUAAACCUUUUGAACUAUUUGGGGAAAUGGAAGUGAUGUGUCAAAAUGGGAUUUGGACAGAACCACCACAAUGCAAAGACUCAACAGGGAAAUGUGGGCCUCCUCCACCUAUUGACAAUGGAGACAUCACCUCCUUGUCAUUACCUGCAUAUGCAACAUUGUCAUCAGUUGAAUAUCAGUGCCAGAACUAUUAUCAACUUAAAGGAAACAAGAAAAUAACAUGUAGAAAUGGAAAGUGGUCUGAGCCACCAACCUGUUUACUUCCAUGUGUAAUACCAGAAAAUAUAAUGGAAAGACAUAACAUAGUUCUCAGAUGGAGAGAAAAUGAAAAGUUUUAUGCUGAAUCAGGGGAGAAUAUUGAAUUUAUGUGUAAACCUGGAUACAGGAAAAAAAGAGGAUCUCCUCCAUUGCGUACAAAGUGCAUUGAUGGUCACAUCAAUUAUCCUACUUGUGUAUAA